AAUUUUUAUAUCGAACUUACACCAAUUUUAAUAUAUUAUAAUAUAUUAGAAAAAAAAGAUUCUAGGAAGUAAUCUUUUUUGAUAAACAAUGACAGCGAAGGUAUAUCAACCUGAUCAAGAAUUGGAAACGAAAGUGAAGAAAGCAACUGAACGAAUAUCUGAGAAUAUGCAUAUAGUGGCAAACGAACCGUCAUUGGCAUUCUAUCGACUUCAAGAACAUGUUAGAAAGGCAUUACCACCUAUGGUAGAAAAAAGAGUAGAAGUAUUGGCUCUUCAACAACAACUUCUAGGCAGAUGUUAUGAUGUUGAAUAUGGAGUUAGCGCGAUUAAAGGAAUGCACGGUGCUGCGAAAAGUUUUGAGAAUACUUUGGAGUUCAUAAAAAAUGCAAUAUUUUUCAAGCAACAAUUAAAGUACGAAGAACAACGAAGGCAUAAAAAAGAUGGAAAUAGAGAUUCGGUUUAUAAAAGACUAUCUGCACACAUUCCUACAUUGGAUCAUUUACCGGAUGAAAUAUCAGAUGUUGUUAGAGAAACUGCGAAUAGAGUAGAAUCUAUGAUGAAUCAUGCUAGGCAUUCUGGAGAAUUACAAAGAUCAAAUACUGUUCAUAAUUAAAAGGAUAAAGAUUUCUUUUCCUAUUGUUCAGAUAGUACGUUUUUUCUAAUUUAUAUUAUCAAAUUUCAGAAAAUUUCAUAAUA